GGGGCUCCUCCCCUUCCUGUGCACCGGUACCGGAGCAGGGGCGGGUAGCGCUACGGGCGCUGGGCGCUGCGAGGGGCGGCCGCCGGACCAGUGAACGGGAAGGGGUGGGGGUCUGGGGACGGAGUGGCACCGGGCCGCCAGGACGAAGGGUCGACGGGGCGCCAGGGCAGGGAUUUGAUGGUGUUUGUGCCUCACGGGGAGCGGCUGCGGCCACCUCCGCCGCUGCCCCGCCGGGCCUGGCUCCGCUCCGGGGAAGCCGGGCCCGGGCUCCUGAGCCAAGGGAACAGCUCGGCCCCCGCGGGACUCGGCUGUGCCGGGCUUUGCGGCAGCGCCGGGGCAGCCAUGGCCGUGCUGCGUGGCCAGCAAUGAUCCCCCGCUGACAGGCUGAGUGGCACCGUCUGCGGAUGGAGAUGAUUCCCCUGUCGCCUGUGAGGAGAAGCUGGCUCCAAGGCCCAGGUAGGAGCCGGGCCAUGGGGGCCCCGCUGGGCUUGGCACCUCCCUGUUGCUCUCCAUAGUGCAGUGGCUGGCUGCUGCCCCGACAGGCCCCUAUGGAGCCCACCUGGGUGCCAAGGCCCCUCCGCCUGCUGGGCUUCUUCGGGGGGCGGAAGCCGCAGGCUGUCGGAGGGGAGACAUCCCCAGAGCGGGAGCCAGAGGAACCGGAGGAGAUGUGCAUCGUGCUGGCCCUGGGCGAGGGUGAGGAGCUGGUGGAGUGUCCCUUGUGCCUGCUGCCCCAGCCCCCCGAGGCCUUUCCCAGCCUGGCCUCCUGCCCCCAUCGCUCGUGCAAGGCCUGCCUGGAGCAGUACCUGCGCAUCGCCAUCAGCGAGAGCCGUGUGCCGGUGGCCUGCCCGCACUGCCCUGCCCUGCUCCAGCCUGCUGACGUCCACUGCCUCCUGGACGAGCCCAGCCUCCGGGACAAGUAUGAGGAGUUCCUCCUGCGACGGCUCCUGGUGGCUGACCCAGGCACACGCUGGUGCCCUGCGCCUGACUGCAGCUAUGCCGUUAUCGCCUAUGGCUGUGCUGAGUGUCCUCGCCUCACCUGCGGCCGCGAGGGCUGCGGCACCGAGUUCUGCUACCUCUGCCGGCAGCCGUGGCACCCCGAUGGACCUUGUGCCCCUGUGCCACUAGCUCCAAGCCUGGCCAGCCCUGCAGCACAGCUCGCCAACCCAGAGGACUCAGCCCACAGUGAGAACCUGGCACAAGCUGAGGCUGAGGCCAUCAAGGUCUGUCCCCGCUGCAGUGCCUUCAUCAUGAAGAUCAAUGAUGGAAGCUGCAACCGCAUGAGCUGCACAGUGUGUGGCUGCCUCUUCUGCUGGCUCUGUCUGCAGGAGAUCUCUGAUGUCCACUUCCUGAGCCCCUCUGGCUGCACCUUUUGGGGGAAGAGGCCAUGGUCACGAAGCCGGAGGAUCCUGUGGCAGCUGGGCAUGGUGCUGGGGGCACCCAUGGUCAUCUCCCUCGUCGCAGGCAUCGCUAUCCCUGUCAUUACCUUUGGGAUUCCCAUUUACAUGGGUAGGAAGGUGCUGGGCCAGAGCCGGAGGAGCAGCCUGUCUGGGUGCCAGCAGUGUCUCUCUGUCACCAGCAGCGUUCUCCUCUCCCUCUUUGUGUCCCCCAUCAUAACAGCUGUCACUGUGGGAGUUGGCGUGCCCCUGAUGCUCACCUAUGUCUAUGGGGUGGUGGUGCUGUCGUUGUGCCGGAGCCGCUGGGGCUGUGGGGGCAGCCGCAGCCCUCCCAAGGAUCUCGGUGUGGUGGAGCUGGAAAACCUCACCAAGCUGAACGAGCUGUGGUCGGUGCUGCCUAGCCCCAGGCCCACGGAGGAUGGAGCUCCGGAUGCCACCACCUCUCUGCCCAGCAGCAGCCACAGUCCUCGUGGUGGCUCAGGCUGGAAGGAGCAGGACAGCCAGUCAGCCAGCACAGUGGCCCUGGCAGGGAGCAUGCUGAGUGAGGGCCAGGACACAUCCCUCAGGGAAGGUGUCAACAUCGAGGUGGAGGUAUCAAUUGAGGCAGUGCCGCAUCCUGCCCGGGAGCAGAGCUUGUGCAGUGUGCUGUCGGGGCAGAGCCUCUCUGGGGACUCCUUGGGAGGCACCAGUGACAGGGGCAGUGCUGUGAGUGUCCCUGCCGAGUGAAGACAACCAUGAAGCACUGACUGAGGAAACCCUCGAUCCACAGAGCCCUGGCCACUGGCACAGUUUCUGUGUCCUCUUCGGCAGAGCCAUCACCUGCUGCGGGGCACCACCAGUCCCCUGGAAUCCCAGAAUGGUUUAGACGGCAAGAUGCAUAAAGAUCAUCUAGUUCCAACCUCCUGCCAUGGGCAGGGACACCUUCCACUAGACGAAGCUGUUCAGAGCCUUACCCACCUUGGCCAUGAACUGCAUCCUGGCUGUCCUCAGGGCUGCCCACACGCUGCGCUCUGCCCCAUCCAGCCUUCCCCUGAGGCCUGGCUUGAGCAUUGGCACUGCUGGGAAAUAAAGCUGCUCUCUGAGAGUC